AUGAUAUCCCUAAUCUACUCUCUCCUGCUUCUGGCAGCGUCGGGCUCAUUCGCAGCGGCCGCCUCGGACAAACAGCUCAAGCCAUGUACCGUCAUCUCGCCCACAUCCGAGCGCUUCUUCGACCUAAACCCCAUGCGGCGCCUUCCACCAUCGGAAUCAGAUGGCAAGAAGAACAGCAAGAAGGAGGGCGACGAGGGCAGCUGGCAUGCCAAGGGCUACGAUUACAAUGCCAACUUCACAAUCAACUUCUGUGGACCGGUAGUUGAGGAGUUGGACAAGGUGGAGGAUCUAGACAAGGGACUGUGGAAGAACGUCAGUGCAUUUUACGAGAGAGGAGACAAGCAAUGGGCGAUAGGUCUCGAGAACUCAGAGCCCAUCUUCCGCGGUCGUAAACUUAUUCUCAAUUACACCGGUGGCUCGCUCUGCCCCUCUCUGUCCUCCAAGUCCAAGCGCACGCUCGAACCCACCUCUCUCGACACCCGCGAGAUCAUCGACGGCGACGACGACGACGACGAUAAAGAUGGCGGCGAAAAGAAGAAAUCCAAGAAAGAUGCCGAGCGUCGCAAGACCACCAUCAUCUCUCUGCUGUGUGACAAUGACCCGCUUGCGAAAACUAGUGUAUCCUUCGUCGCUGCAGUAGACGACUGCUCAUACUUCUUCGAGGGCCGCUCACCCUUCGCGUGCGGUGGUGUACAUCAGGACACCCAAGCUCUAGGCCCUGGUGGUGUCUUUGGUGUCAUUGUAUUGAUCGCCGUGCUCGUAUACUUUGCUGGUGGUUGCGUCUACCAGCGCACAGUCAUGCACCAGCGCGGAUGGAGACAGCUGCCCAACUACGCCAUGUGGGCAGGUAUCUGGCGCUUCUUCUCUGACAUGUUCAUCAUUCUUACUUCCUCGUGUGCCCGCUUUAUGCCUUCCCGCCGGGGCUACAGCCGCGUCUCGCUUGGCCAGGACAGUGGGCGAAGAGGACGCAGGAACGAAGACGAGGAUAGGUUGAUAGACAACCUGGAUGAGGAGUGGGACGAUUAG